UGAAGCUCGGGGGGGCAUACAGUGGAGCGCAGACCCCCUUUAGGGUUACCCGCGGAAUGGGGGGCGUGGUGGGCGGGGGUGCCCGGCCUGCUGGGGGGUCUGUGCCCCGCAUUCUUCCCGCCCCGACGCCCCUCUCCUUUCUCCCGGCAGAGCACCAGCAUGCUCGUUACAACCCGCUGCGGGAUGACUGGGUGCUGGUGUCGGCCCACCGGGUGAAGCGCCCCUGGCAGGGGCAGCUGGAGAAGCCGCCCCACGAGGAUGUGCCCCGCUGGGACCCCAACAACCCCCUCUGCCCCGGGGCCACCCGGGCCAACGGCGAGGUGAACCCCCAGUACGAGGGCACCUUUGUCUUCCCAAAUGACUUCCCUGCGCUGCAGCCUGAUGCUCCGGAGCCUGGUGACAGUGAUCACCCUUUGUUUCGAGCUGCAGCAGCCCGGGGUGUGUGCAAGGUGAUGUGCUUCCACCCCUGGUCGGACUUGACGCUGCCCCUCAUGUCCCUGGUAGAGAUCCGGGCUGUCAUCGACAAAUGGGCAGAGCUGGCGGCUGAGCUGGGUGCCUCCUACCCCUGGGUGCAGAUCUUCGAGAACAAGGGAGCGAUGAUGGGCUGCUCCAACCCGCACCCCCACUGCCAGGUGUGGGCCAGCAGCUUCCUCCCAAAUGAGGCGUGCCUGGAGGAUCGGACCCAGCGGCAGCACCUGAGCCAGCACGGUGUCCCCAUGCUGCUGGAGUACGCCGAGCAGGAGGCUCGCCGAAAGGAGCGGCUGGUGGUGGAGAAUGUGGACUGGCUGGUCGUGGUGCCAUACUGGGCUACCUGGCCCUACCAGACUCUGCUGCUACCUCGCCGCCAUGUCUGCCGCCUCCAGGACCUCUGGGAGGGCGAGAGGGACAGCCUGGCUUCCAUCAUGCAGAGGCUGCUCAUCAAGUACGACAACCUCUUUGAAGUUUCCUUCCCAUACUCCAUGGGCUGGCACGGUGCCCCCACGGGUUCCUUCCUGGAGGAGGACUGCAGGCACUGGCAACUCCAUGCCCACUACUACCCACCACUGCUCCGCUCCGCAACCAUCCGCAAGUUCAUGGUGGGCUACGAGAUGCUGGCACAGGCACAGCGGGACCUCACCCCUGAGCAGGCAGCUGAGCGCCUGAGGAGCCUCCCCGAGGUGCACUACAAGCAGAGGGCCAAGGAGAUGUUGUGAUGGGGAGCAGCAGAGCCAGCCUUCAGCUGUGCUUGGUGGUGCUGUUCCUUCCGUCUCCUUCCCUGUCCCAGGCUGUGUCUUAUGCCUCCGCAUCAUGUUCCUACCACCACUAAAGGGCUUACCCUCCUUUCAAGUCCAGUCUUACUGGUGAAACUGGAAGUACUGCCUGCCCAGUGGAGGGCCACAGUGCCUCUGACCAAUAAAACCUGGAAGCAAAGUGCC